GUAAACGUCAAAUAUUGCUCAUCCAUCACAAAAAUGGCUGCUCUCAGAGUGUUCAGCCGUAAUUUACCGUAUUUACGACAACAAUUUUCCGCAUUAUUGGGAAACACGUCACCGUCAGUGAAAUUCAUAUGUGUAGUUGUGAUAAUAGGGUACAUUUUGUCAUUUUCUGACGAUGUAAUAGACGUUCUCAGUGUAACUCCAGGGUAUUUGUUGCCACCUUCUUUUCAACUGUGGUCCACUUUCACGUUCUGGUUUCUUGAAAUACAUUUGUGGGAGGUGGUCAUCGAUAUCGUGACAGUAGGUCUGUGUGGGAAAUUGAUCGAGCCACUAUGGGGUCAAAAAGAGAUGAUGAAGUUUUUCUUGUUGACGAACGUAGGUGUUGCGUUUCUGACUACGUUCUAUUACUUGGUGAUUUUCGCUUGCACUGGCCAGGCGUCGUACCUGUUCGACAUUCACGUGCACGGGCUGGCCGGGUACUUGGCCGCGGUCAGCGUCGCUGUGAAGCAGAUUAUGCCAGAUCACUUGUUGAUAAAAACACCUUUAGGUAAACUCACAAACAGAUCACUGCCUUUGCUGCUCCUAAUCGUUGCAAUAAUCCUGUGGGCGGUGGGGGCCUUGGAAGGCACCUACCCGUGCAUGUGGGGCAGCGGAACCAUCCUGUCCUGGAUGUACCUCAGGUUCUGGCAGAAGCACAGUAGUGGCACCAGGGGAGAUAUGGCAGAAAACUUUAGUUUUGACAAUUUCUUCCCAACGGUGCUACAACCGGUCGUGCGGGGCAUCCUGGGCCCGCCGCACCGCUGCCUCGUGCGGAUGGGGCUGUGCACGCAGACGCCGCGGCGAGUGCACCUCGCGCUGAGCCCUCGGGGAGUUAGUAUUACUAUGCCGGGGGUGGAGCCGCAAGAUAUGGAGAGGAGAAGACAAAUUGCACUCAAAGCAUUGAGCGAGAGAUUGUCGAAGACGUCCGAGCAGACGAGACAAAAGAACUUGUCAACAAAAGUGAAUAUGGAGACUGUGCGUAAAAUGCAGCAGUCGCACGUGAUUCCUCAGUUCUCGUCUGAAGCGGCCGCGCAAACGCCGCCCGCGCCCGCGGAAGCGACCCUCGUUGACCUCAGUACUGACCCCGCGGUGCCGGCCAAACAGUCAUGAUCCACGCAGAUACUAACCUAGGAUAAGACUAUUCACUGAACUAACGAUUGUUCGCGCUCUCGUCAGAUUACCGCUGUCACAUUAGGAUGCAGGUGCGUUCAGAAUCCUUUUACUACGCUGGUUAGUAGCGUGACUAGGGUUUCCAGUUGUCCGGCUUUUUAUGGUCUUGUCCGGCCUGUCCGGCUUUUGUUAGGCUUUUUUAUAAUAUGAAGCGCACGCAUCAGGACGUUGUUGGGCAACCGAUGAUGAUAGUACUCACUCUGAGCUAUGACACUUAUUGUGUUUUUGGACCUGGCAACCAUAAGCGUGACACACCAAUAAGUUUCAAGCAGUCUUCGUCAGACUGUCAUGUCAUGAAUAUCAUCUUAUUUGUUUGCAGUAUAGCUUGUCUAUUGGCGCGUAAUAAAGUUAUUCGCGACAUUGUUUUCCCGCGCCGCUACACCGUGAAAGCUGUUUUAAUAUGCAAUCCAAUAUGUAAUGCGAAUAAGUGCGAGUGCCGCGCUUAAAGUCGCGCGCCUGCACCUAAUGUGAAAGCGCUAAAGAUAACUGACAAUUCCUAAAGUUGAGAUUUUGUCACAGUGGUUUUACUUGAAAUGCCACAAAAACCACUGUUACAAAACAUUUGCAGAAGCCACUGCGAUUCAUCCGAAUUCCAAACGAAUACAGAUAAUGAUGCUGCCCGAACUGCUAGCUAAGGCUGUGUUUAGUAGUAUUUGAAGGUCCAAGUCGAACCACAGUCGAUCUUUUUGUGUUGAUUAUGGUAUACUCGAUGGGACAUCAGACGUAACAGUUGAACAGCAAAAAUAAUUCUUAUUGAGCAAGGAAUAAGUCCAAUGCCAAGGUCAAUAUGUUACUAAUGAUUGCCGUUGAGUUUACCUUUUAUGCUCAGUAAAAUGAUUUGAUGUGUACUUUUUGUCAUUGCCACACAUACCAACUUCUGUGGAUGUGAUGGCAGAAAUGGAUAAAGCUCAUUUACUGUAUUACAUCAUAAUAUUAAGUGGAGCCUGAGUGUCGGGCUUCGUCGUUAAAAUUUGAAAUGUCCAAUUGGUUAAGUUAUAAAUAUCCCCAAAGAAACUGUUUGUCCAAAUAAUUUGUAGUAUUUUUUCUUUCUCUUCGUAUUUUUUUGUAAUAUUAUUUAUGUUCACACUGUACAGCAGCAUUUCUUCAGACACUGAAUUUAUACGACUAGUAUUUUGUUUUAUAUUGUAAUGUUAUGUAAGUAUGGUUAAUGUUUGUGUGGUGUCAAAAAGCGAAAUAUUUUUUGCAGAUUUUAAUGCAUUUGUUAAUGGUGUCAAGAUGGGAGAAUGGAUGGAGUGAGACAUUGUAAAUAUUAUUGAUAUUGAUUAGUGAUAAUAAAAAUACCCAAUUACUUAUUACA